GACGAAUCAGGAAAUGCUGCUAGCUAGUACAUGGACGCUGCUUGUCACAGUCCUGGAACUAGAGUACACCAGCAGCAGCAGGCAGGUCCAUGGGACUGAGCCUCCUACUAAGGCAGGACAGACAACUAGCAGGAACAUUGGAGCAAUUCUGGGGUUUUUCUAGGUUCUAAUUUCUAAGAACAUGAACAACCAGUACAUACGUGUAGAGAUUUUUGCUCUGGAAACUUGUGAACUGAAAAAUGCUUGGGAAGAGAGAAUUCAAAAACAAAAUGAAGAACGGCAAAUUGAAGCAGCUAGGCAGCAAAGGAGCGCCCUGAAGCGGCUUCGAAAUGAAUGGAUGGAUAGGCUGGAGAAAAGGAUUGAAAUGAUGAGAAGUCAGAAUCAAAACAAUAAGGACAAUGUGUGAAAAUUCCUCCGUCCCCAUCUUCACCUUGUAUGUAGAUUUAUGUAGGGGACACAUUAUAGUUGGCAAGUAUAGUAUACAGUACAUGCAAUUUCUAUUCACCUGCUUUUUGUAUUCUAACAUAGAGUAUAUAACUAAGCAGAAUGAUGUGUUUUAAGUCAGUUUACUAAACUGCUAAUAAAAAUUAGAGAAAUUCA